UACCCGUUUGAUAGCAAUGCUUUCAGCGUUAUGUCGAUUUACGAGUACACCACAUAUUGCAAGAACGCGAAACGCUAUACUCGUGCGAUACGGAGCGAAUAUUCCCUACACGAUGGUGAAAGUUGAUAUUAAAUAUACCAAGUUGUUCAUCAACAAUGAGUGGGUGGACUCUGUUAGCAAGAAGACAUUUCCAACUAUCAACCCUCAAGAUGAAAGCGUCAUCACUAAAGUCGCUGAAGGAGAUAAGGUGGAUAUCGACAAAGCUGUAGAAGCCGCAGUGAAAGCCUUUCACCGUUAUUCAGAAUGGCGUCUAUUAGAUGCAUCGCAGAGAGGCUUACUUCUCCUCAAAUUGGCAGACCUCAUGGAACGAGACGCCAAGUACCUCGGGGAGUUGGAAACUUUGGACAACGGCAAACCAGUUGCUCAGGCCAUCGGUGAAGCACAAUGGUCGGCCACAAUUAUCAGAUAUUAUGCUGGAAAAGCUGAUAAAAUCUUGGGAAAUACCAUCCCAGCUGAUGGUGAGGUGCUCACAAUGACUCUGAAAGAACCGGUAGGCGUUUGCGGCCAGAUCUUGCCGUGGAACUAUCCAAUUCCCAUGUUCGUAUGGAAAAUCGCCCCUGCUUUAGCUGCUGGUUGCACGUUAGUCAUCAAGCCAGCAGAACAAACGCCACUAACUGCUCUUGCAAUGGCAGCUCUAAUCAAAGAGGCAGGAUUCCCAGCAGGAGUUGUCAACGUAGUACCCGGUUAUGGUCCUACUGCUGGUGCCGCCCUUACAAGUCACCCAAAAGUAGAUAAAAUUGCCUUCACUGGAUCUACUGAGGUUGGACGUAUCAUCAUGAAAGGUGCCUCAGAUGUUAAUCUUAAGCGCGUUACUCUCGAGCUCGGAGGAAAAAGUCCUUUGGUCGUUUUCAAUGACGCAGAUGUUGAUAAAGCUGCUGAUAUCGCUCAUCGAGCUUGCUUUGCCAACGCCGGCCAGUGUUGUGCUGCUGGCACGAGGACUUUCGUUCAAUCUGGCAUCUACGACAAAUUCGUUGCCAAGGCUGCUGAAAUUGCCAAAAAGAGGACUGUUGGCAAUCCCUGGGAAAAAGUGGACCAGGGACCUCAGAUUGACGCUGACAUGUUUAACAAGGUAUUGGGUUACAUCAAUGCUGGGAAGAAGGAGGGUGCCAAAUGUAUCGUCGGUGGAGCCAGAAUGGGCACCAAAGGAUUCUUCAUACAACCAACAGUAUUCGCUGAUGUCAAAGACAACAUGAAAAUUGCAAGAGAAGAGAUCUUUGGACCCGUACAAAGCAUCCUCAAAUUUGAGACGUUCGAUGAAGUAAUCGACCGCGCUAACGACUCCAACUACGGGUUAGCAGCGGGGGUUAUAACUAAUGACGUCACGACAGCUUUGGCUUUCAUGAGACAUAUCCGCGCCGGCUCCGUUUGGGUGAACACUUAUGAGGUUGUAACAGCACAGACCCCAUUCGGUGGAUUCAGAGAGUCUGGCAUCGGUCGUGAAAUGGGAGAAGAUGGAAUUCUACAGUAUUUGGAGAACAAGACAGUCUCGUUGAGCCUACCCAAGAAGCCUCGAUUGUAAUUUUUUUUUACUUCAGUUUUUAUAUGGUACUUUUAAGUUCAAACUUUUAAUUAAUAUCGAUUGUUUACAUGUAGGUACGUACUACCAUUAUCCAUCAUAAUUAUUAUGAUUAAAUGUCCAUGUCACCGUUAGAUUAUAAAAAAAAUAUCCUGAUUGACAAUUUAACGGUUUCACUUCCGAAAAAUAACACGUUAAAUUUUAAUCAGGAUUUUCAGUUCACAAUAUGACGGCAGAUUAUAAUAUCACGAGUGAGAUUAUAAACUAACGUACCUACCUAUAUUACUAUUUAACCGUAACAUCUAUAUUCGUUAUAGCUACUUAUACAACGUAAUAUGUGUGUGUUUUAUAUAUUAUUUCUAGUUGUAUUAUUCUGAAUAAAUAUAUUUUAA